UGGAUCAAUGAGCAAAUCUAUUGGCUCGAUCUGGUGCCACUCUGAAAUGAGACUCCUCACAGAGCAAAGCAGAAAGUGAAAAUGCUCAGAAGAAGAGCUCUGUGAAUGAUCUGAGGAGUGGAUUAGGAGCUUCAUAAGGGUCUUUAAAUAUCAGCAAGGACCCUUCUGUCUUUAUAAACACACCAGAGAGUGACCAGCUGGGUUCUUUGUUGUCUGCCAGCCUUGCUCUGUGGUUUAUCCAUGCCUCCAUUUUCCCUCGAUGACAAAUUUGUGGUGCCGUUCCAAUUUUAUCUGGACACAACCUACCUGGAAGCCACCGUGGGCGCUAUUGUGGUGGAGAUCCAGGUGACCAACCUCACUUAUAUGCCCUCAUCCAGCAGCUCCACUCGUUCCCUGACGUGUGGAUGCAACAGUGCGAGCUGUUGCAUGGUGAGCACUUAUGAAAAAGACAGUCAGACCCAGACCCUCACCCAAACACCGAGCCAGGUCAGUACAAGUAGUCCCAAUUUGAACUCUGGUGUCAACUAUGGUGGGCAUGGCGUUUUCUCCAGGCCAGUGGUGGGUCAGAGUGAAACCUACAGCACACCUAGUCUUGCUUCCAGUACACCCAGGGGUGGUGUGCGCAUCAUCCACCCAAGUGAGCUGGCUCAGAAGAUGACAUAUUGCCCCACAGGUCAUCCAGUGGGGCCUCUGCCACUGAUAAUAGACUGUAGGCCCUUCACGGACUACAACAAGAGCCAUAUCCGAGGCGCUGUGCAUAUUAACUGCUCAGACAGGAUCAGCCGUCGGCGCCUGCAGCAGGGCAAGAUCACUGUGCUAGAUCUCAUUUCCUCUCGCCAGAGCAAAGACUCCUUUAGGGGGAUUUUUUCAAAAGAAAUAAUCAUUUAUGAUGAGAGGACACUGGACCCAGCUCGACUGUCAUCGUCUCAACCUUUACUUGUAGUUCUGGAGUCUCUACGCAGGGAUGGGAGGGACCCGAUCGUUCUCCGAGGUGGAAUCUCCAGUUUCAGACAUGACCAUGAGGACUUGUGUGAGAACUCCCUACAACUUCAGGAGGGUCAUGAUGCUAGUGCAGCUGUUGCCCUGUCAGGGGCACUACCUCAUUUGCUGCCUUCCAGCCCUGACAUUGAGAAUGCUGAGAUGACAACUAUUCUACCCUUCUUGUACCUAGGCAAUGAGCGUGAUGCACAGGACCUUGACCAAAUGCAAAGGAUGAACAUUGGGUACAUUCUCAAUGUUACCACGCACCUCCCACUAUACCUCUAUGACCUAGGGAUGUUUAAGUAUAAACGCUUACCCGCCACUGACAGCAACAAGCAGAACCUACGUCAGUACUUUGAAGAAGCAUUUGAAUUUAUAGAAGAAGCUCACCAGGCAGGCAAGGGACUGCUCAUUCACUGCCAGGCUGGUGUGUCACGGUCUGCCACUAUUGUCAUUGCAUACCUGAUGAAACACACUUGGAUGACCAUGACAGAUGCCUACAAGUUUGUCAAGAUGCGAAGGCCUAUUAUCUCGCCCAACCUCAACUUUAUGGGCCAGCUCCUUGAGUUUGAAGAAGAUCUCAAUAAUGGCAUCACUCCUCGCAUACUCACGCCCAAACUUAUUGGAGUAGAGACCAUUGUGUAGGAAAAUUGAUUAAGCUUUACAAGUACAUUCUCCUCCAAAGUAUUUUUUUCCACCGGAAGACUGUCUGUGAAUGGAAUGCAUGCAUCAAAGAAGCAAGAUGUUUUUACUUUAGCAUGGAUUUUGGAAUAUGCACAUGUCUUCUUUUGUUUCUAAAGAUACUUGUCAGAAAAGAUUUGUUUGUUGUGCUAGUAGUUCUUGUGCUAUUUUUAUACUGGAGUAGACCAUGAUGAGCCUUAAGUGGCUUCACUGUGCAAUACUUUGAAUGAAAUGCAAAGGGGGUUCAUCUGUAUUUAUAUAGUAGGUGAUGGUGAACACUUGUGCAGGACUUAUUCUAUAUAUUUAAAAAAAAUUAAUCUUGUAUUCAGCUGAAUGCGAAGCCAAUAUCCUUGGCAUCAAGAUUUAUUAGAUGCAUUUUUAUUUUUUAAAAGGUGGAAGGUUUUUGUCUGUAUAUCAUACCAAAUCAUUUAACUUUGAUAAAAUCUCAAAGGCUGUGUGUAUGUUUGUGUCUCUGGCACGUAAACUAUGGUUAUUCCUGGUGCCAGAAAUAUGUCCAAAUAAGAAAUCUAUGCCGCAUGAACACCUGAGACAUAAAGAUUAAUAUUUAACUAUAAUCCUCUUUUAUUGUUAUAUGAUAUUUACCAUAUACUGUGGUUUUGAAUUACACUGUUACCUUACUCAAUGCUUCUAAUGUCAUCUUGGGAGCUACGUUUUUCCUUUUCUCUUUAUUUGUAUUACAUAAUUAUCGCUCUUUCUAGUAACAUACUAGCACCUUUAGCCAGCUGAAAUACUCUGAUCUCUAACUGGGUAUGUAGCCCAAAGUUUAAAAGAGGUCUUUUAAUUGGUAGUAAAUGUGGGUAACUGUUUAAUGCAAAAAUAUUUAUCAUUUGCACUUAAUUCUAAUGCAAAGCUACCAAAGUUUCUUUGAAAACAUAAAGCACUGGUGUUAAUUGGAGUGAUAAUCAGUCUCUCGUCUCUAUUUUUCCCCCUGUUGUUUAGUGUACAGUAAAUUUACAAUAAGCAAAUUAGAAAUACUCUGUUUCGAGUAGCACAGCAGCUCUGCUUUCUCUACGGUAUUAUCAAGGUAUUCAUUUAUUCAAACUACGGAUAAAAUGUUUUCUUUGCAAGCCAUGGUUUUAAUGGCACUCAUCUAGUUUUUAAGUACAAGACAAGUUGCUUUUUCUUGAUCAAAAUGACACAGAGAUAUAAACAAUUUCAUAAUUCUAAGCCAAAUGCUUGUCAUUUUCAAACAUUUGUUUUUGAAUAUAGAAUAUACUAUAGGUACAGGACAUACAUAGCACAAUGCUAGAAAGUUAAUGUCAUUAAUAUUUAAUUAAUCCACAGUUUGAACUCUGAUGGUUUAUUCAAAACAAAGUUGCAUAUGCAAACAUUUACAGUCACAAGAUUUUGCAACAGAAUUUGAAGCUUAUAUGAAUACAACCAGAAAAUACAGCAAAUAAGAUUUUUUUUUACACAUAAAUAAGCAGAUGUUCUAUAAAGAAGUCCUUAUCAUACACCGUUAACUCCAUAAUGAUUGGCAUCCUUGAUGAAAAAGGGGGAAAAAAAUACAGUACCAGUCAAAGGUUUGGACACACAUCCAUAGGUUUUUCUUGUAGAACAAUACUAAAGACAUGAAAAUUAUGAAAUAACGUAUGGAACAUAUGUGGUAAACAAAAAAGUGUUAAAAAUAUUUUAAGAUUUAUAUUCAUAUUUUAGAUUCUUCAAAGUAAUCCAGCGUUUGCCUUGAUGACGCUAUUGGCAUUAUCUUAACCAGUCACCUGGAAUGCUCUUGAAUUAAUAGGUGUCUCGUCAAAAGUUAAUUAGUGCAAUCUCUUGCCUUCUUCUUGUGUUUGAGAUCAAACAGUAAAUAAUAAAAAUACAGUAAAUAGCCCUAUUCCACAACUGUAGUAAUCCAUAUUGUCAAUAACUGCUCAACUAAGUAAAGAGAAACGACAUCUAUCAUUAAUUUAAGACAUGAAGUGACUAAUAAAAAUAAAGAAAAACAAUGAAUUAGAAGGUGUGUUCAAACUUAUACUCUCUCUCCCUUGAUAUAUAUAAACAAAAACACAUAAGAAGUGAUAUUUUGAGCUUAAACAAAUGAGACACUUUACUGUUGUUUUUUGUAAGACAAUAUAUGGAAUGUAAAAUGAAGAUACUUGAAAAGUAGAAUGUCUUUUGGUUCUGCUUUUCUCUCUCUCUCUCUCUCUCUCUCUCUCUCUCUCUCUCUACCAGAUUAGGGCUUAAUUCACAUUACAUGCAAGUGUUUUAAAUGUUGUCUUUUAAGAAAUGAGUUGUGAAUGUCCUCACUGCUGACUUGCAAACAAACUGCAAUUUGUAAAAUUGUUGCUUGUGCGUAUACAGUAUUUACCUUAAUUAUUUAUUCAUUCAAUUAAUUUUACCUGCUUCAUUUAGUGAUUGAUGUACUAUUACUUCUGUGAAACAUUUGUCUAGUCAGAUGGUGAAAAUAUUUCUGGGAUAUAUAUGGAGUGUUCAAAUGGGUUUGCUGUUUUAUACUGUAUACAGUGUUAAAUACAGUUAAGCUAUUUUAUGAGUGACUCAAAAAGAGCUAUAUUAUGUGCCUGUAGUCCGAUGUAACAUAGAUCAUUGUGUCGCUUUCUGUCAAUGCAUUACAUUAGGUGUGAUCAUUCAAAUCUGUUUUCGCACUGGCUCAGAAAAAGGUGCUAUAUUAAUGGAGGCCUUCUAAACCUUAUUUGUGAUUGUGCUCGGAUACAUUAUUUUCUUUCCCCAAGGUUAAAAUUGUUAUAUGUAUUAUUAUUGUUUUUAAUCUUAAUAACAAAGGU